AAUAUUGUCACUAGUUGUUCAAGAUAAACAAGUUGUACAAUACUCACAAGAGUUCAUAUCGACCGCGACUCCGAUACUAAACAACAAAGGUUAGAGAUAGUGAUCAGUUUAUAUUGGCUUUAAUAUAAAAUACAUUAAAGGGACUUGAAAUAAAGGGUUACUUGAGGCGUGUCAAUAUCGUGCAAUAAUGUCGAGCGAGAACGAAAAUGAGGCAUUAAUUGAUGAGAUUAUAGAGUUGCUGAAUAAUCCAGACUUCGAGUCGCCGGAAGUGAUAUUGUUGUUAGGAAGCAGCGGUGCUGGUAAAAGCUCGUUAGUCAAUACCAUAAAUGGGGUUCUCACUGGCAGGUACUAUGCAAUCGCCAAACAGGGAAGUGGUGAAACACAGUCCGUUACUCUUGAUUUAUUAAGAUACGAAAAUUGUGGCGUGAAACUACACAGAAUAACUGAUGAAAAUAAAAGACAAAAGAUGUCAGCCGUGUUGUCAAAGUUACCACACAUUCUUGAUUGUGCAGGCCUUGGUGACGAGAACACACCGGAAAUGCGUGAAAUCAUCGAACUUCUUGUCGGGGGUUACAUUCGACCAGGAACAUGCAUGGAUGCAGUAGUGCAAGAACAAACACGACGUGGCACAGGGAACCUGAAAGGAAUAUUUAAGCCACAACCGGCAUGGAAGGUCUCAAAGAUUGUAUUCUUACAGGGAUGCAUAGAUGUUAUACCUGGCAAUAUGAUCCAAGGCUUAAAUGAGGUUCUUAUGAUGUACGAUCCGGUCACGCUUGUUAGGAAGUACCCUUGUCAGGUUUUCGUAUUGGUGACAAAGUACGAUCUGGUCAAAGAGUCAGAUGUUCAUUCAGUCAGUACCAGCGAGGGGAAAUUUAUUAACAACGAAAAGUUUGAGCAAAAGAAACAGGAAAUUGCUAAAGCAUUUUGCAGUGUCGGUUCUACAAAUUAUAAUAUGCUCCAUUGGAUCAACCUUACAGACGACGUCGAAUUUACUGAGUCAACAAUUCCCACUAAAGCUCUGAAUCUCUUGAAGAAGAUGGUGGAACCUGGAGCUCCUAAAAUGCCAGCACCGACAUUCAGAGAAAAAACUGGAAGAUUUUGUGUACCAGAUGUAUCAUGAAAUUCGCAGAGAGUCCUUACACCAGAUACAUCAGCAUAAUGUUAGUUUGGUACACAUUGUAGGUUUUUUCAUGGCGGUCAUUUUGGGGAUUAUUUGGCUCUUAAGACGAGACCCGGAAAAAUAAGUUUUAGAUGUGAAUAGUACAUUACUAAGUACUGAUAACUCUGAUAAUUAUUAUAAGGAGAAGCAAUAUUUGCAUAUAUGGAGAAAACGUUUAAGUUUUGAAUGAAUGUGCAACUUAUUUAGAUAUUAUUAUUAUUAUUCAAUUAGAUCUAACAGUUAUAAAAAUGUUUUUUUCUUUUGUGAUCAAUUCGUUUGUCUUUCCACACAUACCUACAUCCGGAAUCUACCUAUGAACUGGCACGCCUUUUACGGAAGGCAGUCGUGCUAAGACGCUACAGCGGGUGAUACCACUCAUUGACAGAAGUAACCUUUUCUCCAUUGAUAUAGUAAUAUAGUUAUGUCGCUGAUAAUGAAUGUAUUAUUUCAAAUAUUUGUCCGUAGUUGUACCUAAAGGGAUAUCUAUCAAAGGACAUUUAACAGUUCUAAACAUUUAGUAUUUAACAUAUAGGAAGUGUUUUUAGAUUGCAAAAUGGCAAAACGUAAUACUACUUCAGCACGGAAUAUUGCAAGGACAUUCUCGUAAAUAAUGAUAUUGAAAUAAAUAUUUUGAUUAGAUA